AGACGAAGAAGCUGUACAUAUUUAAGUACGAGUAGGCUCUUCAAUACUCAUAAGCAUUUUAUCUUCAUUGGGCUUUUCUUCUCUGACGCGACCGAUCACUUCAUUAUGGUCGCUUCUCUACCUUUCAAGCUUGUCAACAAUAGCAACUCGAGCAAUGUCUGGGCAUAUGUAACAGGUAUCAACAUUGCUGAUGGUAGACGUGUACUGUUACAAGCAGAUGGCAAGACACCAUACUAUCCGGAGAACCCACCUGCCAUUGGAUCACCUCUGGCAAAAGACUGUGCCAUCCCACUCGGCAAGCCGGGAAACUCUGUCACUGCCACUGUCCCUCAAAUUGCCGGUGGGCGUGUCUGGUUCUCAAUUGACAGCAAGCUCAAUUUCUUGCUCAACCCUGGGCCAGCUCUCGUCGAGCCUUCUGUGCUCAAUCCGAGUGACCCGAAUGCAAAGGUCAACUUUGGCUUCUGUGAGUUCACGCUCAAUGAUGCUCAAUUGUACGCCAACAUUAGCUACGUCGAUUUCGUGUCAAAUGUUCCCAUUGCUAUCACCCUUCAAAACUCAGCUGGCGCAAUUCAGCACGUGUCUGGUAUGCAAGCAGAUGGACUCAACAAGGUGUGCGAUGAUCUCAAGGCUCAAGCACAGAAGGACGGAAAGCCAUGGGACAAACUGAUCGUUCAGGAAAAUGGACAAAACUUCCGUGUACUCAAUCCUUCCCAUGGAGAUGCUGUUGGAGCAAACUUCGCUGGCUACUACGAACCAUACGUCGACCAAGUCUGGCAAUACUACAGCUCAGACAACAGGGCAUUUACCCUCGAUACGCAAGCUGGCCCAGGAAAGCUGCAAGGAAAGGUUGUCAACAACCAGCUAGUCAUCGGUGAAGAGGCGUUCCAAAAGCCAAACACGGCGGACAUUUUCGGCUGCAACAGUGGUCCUUUUACCACUGGACCUAACGGCACUCGCAAUGCGAUCAUUCCUCGUCUGGCCGCUGGAUUCAUCCGCACCACAUUGGUGACCCAAACUCAACAGCCCUCGGAUCCUUCCACUUAUUACUUGACCGAUCCUACAAACCAUUAUUGUCGCAUCGUACACGAGCGCAAUCUCGACAAGAAGGGAUAUGGAUUCGCAUACGAUGAUGUGCAGCCCGAGGGUGGAGCGGAUCAGUCUGGCAAGGUGAACGACGGCGCACCUGCUCUGUUCACAAUUGCUGUGGGAGGCAACAGAGUCUAUGCUGGAGACACAGCUCCUGCCACCACCAGUGAAGCAGUCGAAGAACAGUCGGAACCUGCUCCAGGUGCUGAAGCAGCUGCUGCUCCUCAAGAAAACGGACAGCAACAGCCGAUGCAAGAGAGUCGUCCCCCAAUCCCACAGAGGAAGAGUAGUGGACUCCGCGGAAAACUAAGUGGCUGGAAGAAGAAGUUCAUGCAGUAGGCAUGUUGAAAGAUGAUUCUGUGAGCUGGCAGCUUUCCUUUUGUUUAUACCACAUUUUUGUACAGAUUGCAUACUUUUAGUCAUUAUGAAACAUAGCUUUGAUGUUAUUGAUGUC